AUGACGUGUGUGCGAGGCGCUGACCACUAUGACUGGUGUGCCGGGUUCAGCGCGGUGCUGGAGGGUGGCACCGAAAAACAACUCGGAUAUUUGUGGCAGCGUCUGUUGUGUAGCAUCUGUAGUAAGGAGGCUCUUGCCGAGGCUGCAGGUGGACCCAGAGUGGACUGGAACCCCUACAGACCUGCGCGCGGGGAGCACGUCCUCCAGGGUGUUUUGAAUAGUGAGGUGUAUGAGUGGCGUUCGUCAGUGCAGCUAAACUCGUUGUGUGUCGUGGGAAGGGCGCUAUUGGUAGGCGCUUCUCCAAGAAGCCCUCUGAAUCCGGCGCGGCAUAUAAAACCUUUUCAUAUAGUGGCAAACAACAGUGGGACUGUGAUCAAUGGAUUGUCGAGUGAGGGGACGGGCGCCCAAUGCUCGGGGCGCACUGGACCCUCCUGCGACAACGACAGUGUAACGAUGGAUGCGCCGUGCACUGAAAACAACAAGGAAAAUGUGCCGUGCUCGACGGCAACGCAGGAUGCGGUGGAUGACAUCUUUGAGGUGCUUUGGGGCACAGUAGCUGUGCCGUGGAUUAUGAGGCGAUACGCGUCUGAGCACCGAACGCGGCGCGGCACACAGGAGACUGAUGCACAGGACAGUUCAAAGACAAUAGUGAGUUCCUACGGGACGGAUCACGGGAAGCGCUUCUCUGCGAAGCCAACCCGAAGCAACGACCUCGUACCCAACCGCCGGAGACCAAAAACUGGGCCUGCCACGCAUCGUGGCGGAGCAGAGGGCCGGAUUUUAAUGGCGCUGCCUCUUGAGAAAAAGACUUCGUCGCGUCUUUUACACGUCGUGGGCGCACCAAAUGAGGAAUUUGUCGACAUGGUGAAGGCAAAAAAAAAUCCUGUUGUGGCAGUGAAGCAAGCGGUGCACUUUCCUCCUGACCUGGGCCACUCGCCAACGCAGAAGCGAGUGAGCUCCUUCAGGUCCACAGCACUGGCCUCCUUUAAGGAAGCUGAGGCGGAGAGACGGCGUUCGCUGUUGCUUGGGAAGCCCACCACCCGAAGGCCAUCGCUGCAGUGCAAGAGAAAACCCUCCUCGGGUGUUCUGCAGCCACGCGAGAGCCCCUCUUCCGGUCUUAGAUUUGGUUUGAGAGGCCAACAAAAUGGGUUUGGUGGCAACAUUUUGGACAGAAAACUCGGAAUUGUUCGUGCUUCGCCCGGUAGCCGCGGUCGCAAGUUGGCUCCUUUGCCUAGAAAAGCAAAUUUCCCAUCACCAACGAAUGCUCGGCGAAAAAAAGAAGAGGUUUAA